UAAUCUUUUGGGACCUCAGCCCUCUCAUAGCUACCGUCGACCGGGCGUGACGAGAUACCUCCUGAUCUCGAACGACAAUUCCGGCCGUAAGAGGCAUCGUCGUCAGCCUACUCCUCCGCUUAAAUGGCCGCUUCACGCGACGUUCUCCUCCACGAGAAUGGCUCGGCUGCGGAAUCCGACGCCGAUUCCGACGUCUCCGGCCCCGACGGCGACUACCGCCCGAUCUCCGCCUCUGAUGACGGCGCCGCCUCCGACUCCGACGAUGAUGGAGGUUUCGGAGUCUCUUCCCCCGUCUGUUCCAACGGCUGCAGCGGUCUGAUUCACGGCCAGAACUCUAACCCUAGCUUCUUCCAGAUCCAUAUGGUGAACGGUAUUUCGGGAUUGGAUUUGAAUGGACAUGGGGAAGGAGGAGGAAUGGAAGAGGACGACCACGACGACGAGGAAGAGGAGGAGGAGGAGGAGGAGAGGGCGAGGGAGAGGGAGGCGUCGAUCUCGAGGGCUUUCAGGGAAGAUGAGAGCCGGAGGAGCGCGCCUCUGACGCCGGAGAACGCCGCGAGGAUCGUUGACGCAAUGAGGGGGGUCUCGUUCCAAGGGAUCCCUCCGGAUUGGGUGAAUCGAGUGCCGGAAGACCAGUGGGUGAAUCAGCUCAGGAGACUGAGGGGCGAGGACACUCCUCAGAACUAAAAAAAGGCUGGAUCUUUGAUAUCUGUUCAUGAUUUAUCUUACUUUAUAUCACUAUUCAUGCUGAAAAAAAUUGGAUCUUGCCCUCAUCUUUGGUGAAAUGAAUAUGGUGGAGAUAUUGCGACCUCAUUAUUUUAGCAUCUUUGUUGGUUUUCUUCCGUUGAUACCUUUAUACGAUGUGAGCUUGACUCUUAUGAGAUUAUAACGUAAUUGGCACUUCUAAGAGUAUGUUUGCACUAGAUUAAAACAGCUCUUUGUUUGCUUGAUGA